UAACCGCGAAGAGGAACUGCGCACUGCGGCUUCCCCGGGAGUGAAAAUCAAGCAAAGGAUUUGGGGGAAAUCAAACGGAACCCUUUGCUGGCUCCUUACGCUCCUCUCACCCAUCCACUUCUUCUACCUCUUCCUCCUCCUCUCUCUCUCUGGUGUGUGAGCCAUGGGCCCCUCUCCGACCACCCUGUCCAAGCUCAAGCUGGGGAAGCUGCGUGUGGUGCGCCGGCGGCUGCUACAGCGCUACGAGCACCAGCCCUAUGUCUCGUGCCUGGCCGGCCUCUACGGCUGUCAAUGGAGACGCUACCAGAGGACCCGCGCCACACCGGGAGACUGCUGCUGCAGCAAGUUGGAGUGUGUCAGCUUUGCUCUCCUCGUCAUGACUUUCUGUCUCACGCUGGUCUUCCUCUACUUCUGGAGUGAAGCUCAGAAUGACUACAAUGAUUUUGACUGGUUUAACUUUGGGAACCUAGGAUUCUGGUUCCCCUGGUCUGUGGUGUUGCUGGUCAUUGCUUCCGCUUUCUUCAGCUACGUCACUCUGCUGCUGCUGUUGGCUGUGUGUCUGCUGUCAGAGGGACAGAAGCUGUACCUACACUGGGGCCACAAGAUUGGCAUCCUGGUGACUCUAGCCUUCUCCAUUGUGGCCACAGCAGUUCUGUCUGACCUAUGGAGCAAAGAGUGGACCACUCUCCUCCUUUCUUUCCAGGUGACAGCGCCAUAUUUGCAUGUGGGAGGAGUCUUGUUGAUGACACUGCUAUCCUGGCCAAUAGCCUUACAUUUCUUCCGCAUCAAUAAGAAAGUAGGGCGGACGCUCAUCAUGGGGCUGUACCUGGCUGUUCUGUGUGCCCUCUACUUAGUGCCCCUGGGCAUGUACUCACCCUGCCUCAAAAAAGAGGGUGCUCUGGGCCCCGCUCCAGCCCUCAUCGGACACAGAGGGGCACCCAUGCUUGCUCCAGAGAACACUCUCAUGUCCUUUGAGAAGGCAGUGGAGGCUGGUGGGGAAGGUCUGGAGACUGACGUCACCAUCAGCUACGACGGGGUGCCCUUCCUGAUGCACGACCGCACCCUGAGGAGGACUACCAACGUGCAGAAGGUGUUCCCCAACCGGACGGAUGCCCCUGCGGCCAUGUUCACCUGGGGAGAGCUGGAGACCCUCAACGCCGGGGACUGGUUCCUCUAUCGAGACCCUUUCGGCACGGCCUGGUCUCUGGGCGCCGAGGACCGGGCGCAGGCACAGAACCAGUCUGUGUGCACCCUCAGGGACUUCCUGGAACUGGCAGCCCAGAGGGGCAAACAGGUGAUCUUUGACCUCUACCGCCCCCCUCGGGGCCACCCCUACAGGGACACCUGGAUCACACACACCCUCGAGGUCAUCCAGAACGAGUCCUCCAUCCACUCACACCAGGUGCUGUGGCUGCCCCCAGACCUGCGGAGCCUGGUCCAGAAGAUGGACCCUGACCUCCAGCAGACCUCUGGGUCCUGGAGUCCAGUGGAGGAGCUGCAGCAGAACCACAUUGUCCAACUCAACCUGCACUACAGCUCCAUGUCUACAGAGAUGAUCAGUGAGUAUGCGGCGGCUAACAUCAGCACCAACCUCUAUGUGAUCAGCCAGCCGUGGCUCUACUCUCUGGCCUGGUGCUCCGGGGCUCAGUCUGUCACCACCAAUUCCCCACAGCUCCUCUACAAACUCACCAGACCCCUUUUCCUCAUGACUCCAGAUGAGUACAAUCUGAUGUGGGUCCUCACCGAUGUGGUGUCCUUCAUCCUCAUCCUCAUCAUCUUCAUCUUCCACUGGUGGCGAGAACGAGGCUUGGCUUUCUAUUCGAGCAGCAAACCCACACUAGAACACGGCACCUACAGCAAGUUCAGGACAGAGAUGAGUGAUGUGUGGUCCGUCUCCAGUGUCAACAUCCUGGGAGAGCCUGCUGGAAGCCCUCUAGCCACUGAGCCUAACCUGGCGACCGUUUGAGCACUGAGAACCAACCAGUCUCCUCUGUGAGGCCCAGUUCAAACAAACCAUUCCUCCCCCUCACUCUCACAACACCCCUGGGCCUGACCUGGCAUCUCACCAGGACCCAACAUGGUAACCCGGAGUUCAACCUGUCAACCCCUGUAACUUUUAGUGAGAAUUAGAAAUAGUUCAUUGAUGUGAGGCCUAUCUGAGCUAUAAGUGGCGCUGAUGUUGUGUCACUUGCAGAAAGGAUUUCAUUGCAUAGAAAUGAAUCCGUAAAUCCCAGAUUAAAGCCCACACAGCCUCAAGGACCAUAACCAACUCUUCACACUACAGACACCCUCUGAUGCUGGGAAGAGAUGACUACACUAUUGAACCAGGCCCAUGGAAAUGGAUUACUCACUGCAUUAAUAUCAGAAAAAAAAGAAACCUUCCGCUGUAGAUAUUCUCAAUUUAUUUUGCCCUCCAUGGGUUCCUUUCCAUUUCAGCAGCCACUGCAGUGUCGAGUUACGUGAAUUACAAACACUUUACCAUUUCAGAAGCCACUGCAGUGUCGAGUUACGUGAAUUACAAACACUUUACCAUUUCAGCAGCCACUGCAGUGUCGAGUUACAUCAAUUACAAACACUUUACCAUUUCAGCAGCCACUGCAGUGUCGAGUUACAUCAAUUACAAACACUUUACCAUUUCAGAAGCAGCCACUGCAGUGUCGAGUUACAUCAAUUACAAACACUUUACCAUUUCAGCAGCCACUGCAGUGUCGAGUUACAUCAAUUACAAACACUUUACCAUUUCAGAAGCCACUGCAGUGUCGAGUUACAUCAAUUACAAACACUUUACCAUUUCAGCAGCCACUGCAGUGUCGAGUUACGUCAAUUACAAACAUUUUACCAUUUCAGAAGCCACUGCAGUGUCGAGUUACAUCAAUUACAAACACUUUACCAUUUCAGAAGCCACUGCAGUGUCGAGUUACGUCAAUUACAAACACUUUACCAUUUCAGAAGCCACUGCAGUGUCGAGUUACAUCAAUUACAAACACUUUACCAUUUCCUUACUGUGAGAGAGUAGUGGUCGAUAAGAUGUGUGUGUAUAUGAAGUAGUCACAAAAGUGCAAACUCCGCCCAUCUGGAAUCUGGCACUCCAAUCAAAUGGGCAAAGUAUUGCAAAGGCAAAUGAAUACUAUUAGAACCCAGGUUUGAAUAUGACACGAUGAUUCUGUUUAUUUCUGGAGAUAAAUGAAUGUUUUUGAUUGUAGUCUACGUUUAUAAGCACUAGGCGGGGUAAUGAGGUGACACCCAGAGAACCUUGCAGCAUACUGUAUAAUCACUGCAACAACAUAACAGUGACCUAGUGAGAACAAUUAGACUGUGUAUUUCCAUGGUCCAUAUUGAGUUCAUUGUUUUUAACAAAUUUGUUUAGUCUUUUCAACACAAAUGAAAAUCCUUCUGGCAAGGAUUAAAAAAACAAAUGUUAUACAAUGUUUAGUCCUUUUGGCCAGAUUAUAGUAGAACUCUUACAUCUCCCUUCACUUGAUUCUGCCUCAGCUUUACUGAGCCAAAUCAAUGUGAAUAAUGCCAACUUCAGCUCUGGUAGCUGAGAGAAUGUUUUUUCUAAUAAUUACUAUUGAACCUGUUAAGAUUCCUUUAUGACUGACGACAUAUUGAUGAGUAACUCCUCACAAAGCUACGGUGGUCCGAAAGGACAAGGUAGCUUCUAAAAGCCACCGUACGAAGCCUUAGGAAUACCUACAAAAGAAAAGUAUGUUCUGCCAAAGAAUCACAGUAUAGAUACAGUACAAUUCUGAUUUGUCAUCUACGUACGACACCUGUAGUGUCUCUUGGUUGUAAGAUCGUCUUCGUUCUACUUCUAUCUGAUUUAGACAUUUAAGAGCUGUAUGUUGUUUUAGUUACUCUUCCGAUUGUAACAGGAUGACAUAUCAUAUUAAAAGACCAUUUUCAAACAUG